CCGGCCGGCCGGCGCGGCUGGCACCUGCCCGUGCGCGAGGUGGGCGUCUAUCUCCCGGCCGUGGACGACGUGGGCCGCCAUCUGCAGCAGCUGGAGCCCAUACUCAAUAGCUAUGUUGCGCGAGAGUUUCCACUUCUGCUCACCAACGAAUCAGCUGUCUACAGCUUACCCAGUGUGUACAUCCCAUCUGAAAAGCAACAGGCGUCCGAGGCGGAGCGGGUCGUGUUCGAGCUGCUGCGAGGUCUGCGCGCGCCCAGCCUCGGGCUGCUCUUUUUCCACGGCCGCCACUACGCGGGCAGGUCGGCCAAGCACGCGUCGGGAAGCAGCCUCAUCACGCGCGAGCACGACUACGUGCUGCUGGCCCGCUACGGCGGCAAGUUCUACGUCCUCCUGGUCGAGGUGAAGUCGACGUCGGACAGCCAGUCAGAGAUGCUGAAGACCUCCAACGCCCGCGAAGUGAAGGACCAGAAACGGUCGGCUCUGAACCAGCUGCGGCGACACCGGGAGGUGCUGGCUCAGCAGCUCAACAUUGACGAGGACUUCAUCCCGGGCUUCAUUAUGUGGCCGUUCCUGUGCGGCCGUUCGGUGGACGUGCGGACGAACCAGUCGAACAUGCGCUGGCAGGCGGAGGACUUCCACCUGUUCUGCGACACGCUCGCCUCGGCCGAGCUGUUCCAGCGCUGGUUCGUGCAGCGGCUGGCCUUCACGCCGGACCUGGCGCUGGCCGACUGGAAUAAACUCCUGCACAGGUUUCUGCUGCUUUCGUGCGGCGCCUCGGUGCGCGAGCUGGGCGGUGAGCUGGACGUGGCCAUGAGCCGUGACAUGGACCGCACGGUGGCCAUGCUCUCCGUGACGCAGCACCGGCUGCUGCACACGCGUCCGCAGCCGCUGCAUGUGGACACGGUCCACCCGCUGGUCAUACAGGGCGCCGCCGGCACCGGCAAGACGCUCAUCAUGAUCAAGAAGAUCGAGAUGCUGUACAACACGGGCGAGCUGAGUGCCGAGAGCCGGGCGCUGUUUCUCUGCUACUGGCCGGGCAUUCGCACUGAGGUCAUCCAGCGGCUGCAGAGGCUCGGCAUCAAGCACGUGGUGACGCAGCGCAUCAGCAUCAGCAACGACUGGUUUAUCCGCUGGUGCCGGCAGCAGCGCACCGGCUUCCGGCACGUGUUCGUCGACGAGCUGGAGAGCGUGCUCAUAUCGCCGCUGUGCGCGCAGAUCGUCGACGAGAUCGCGGCGCUCUACGUCGGCAGUGGCGAUGUGGACAUCGCUGGCCGUGUGUCCGGUGAUGGGGGCGAGCAUGCGCCGCCCGUCGCCGAGUCACCGGACGACGCCGAGCCGAUGGAGGUGGACCGUUGCUGCAGCUCCUGCGACACAAUCCGGCGCGUGGCGAGCGGCGGCGGCUUCUGCGAGCCGGCGCUCGAGGCGGCGCCCGGGCCGGUGCCAACCGCCGCCGCCGUCGGCCACUUCUGGGUGUCGGUGGACGAGAACCAGCGCACGGUGCCGGCCGUGUUCCGGAGCGUGCACAUCCCGCCCGAGCCGCACCUGCGGCUCACCAGCGUCUACCGCAGCACGCGCAACGUGUUCAACUUGUUCCGCCGGCUGUGUGACUGCGCAGCGGACCUGAGCGUGGCGCAUGCCGUCGACGGGCCGCCCGUGUUCUGGGUGGACCUGGCCGCCUUCGGGGACUGCACCACCGCCGUGGCCGCGCUCGUGGUCGACCUCACCGGCGCCAAGGGCUUCCUGCCGGGCGACAUCUGCGUCAUGCCCUUCUUCGACGACAACAGCGUGGACGUGGACGCGCUGAACGAGCAGCUGCGCGCGUGCUACCAGCCCGGCAGCCUGGUGCCGCAGGCGGUGCGUGGCGUGGAGGCGCUGCUGGAGUCUCGAUUGCGCUCGCUCUUCUGCAUCACCUGGCUGCUGCGCAUGAAGGGGCUCGAGUGUCCUGUGGUGGUGCUCGUCCUGCCGGCGGAUGAUGUGGACAUGACGGACGUGCUGGACCAGCGCAAGCUGUACACCAUGAUGUCGCGCUGCACGUGUCUGCUGCUGCUGCUGACCGAGGCGGAGGUGGUGGCGCAGCUCGAUCCCUCGGGCGGCGUCAAACAGUACUGUUUCAGUGACGUCACGCUGUCGGGCCGCAAUAGCUGAUCAGGGCGCGCGCAAUCCUCUGUGUCAGUGAAGUCACUCGAGCUGUGGCCUUACUGCGGAUGGUCUUGUUUGGCUUGUUGGCCUGUUCCCUGCAUUGUUACCAUGUCGUGGCAUGCGGCGUUUCGUUGUGACUGUAUGUGCUCUGGAGGUGUUUUUUACGGUGUUGUACUGGUUUUGACAGAUGCGCCACUUGUGGACUGCGUCAAAGACCGCUCUAUGCCUGGACUUGGUACCCACGGACAAGUAUUUUAAGAAUAAUGACAGCUGCGCAGCGGACUGCGAUUUCAGUCCUCUCCAAAGCCGGUGGUUCCGUCCCCUUCAACCGCUCGAUGUCUGCCCUCCCCAAGGCCGAUGGGCAGGGUGUGAGAGACAGAUGGAUUGUAGUCUUGAGGCGCAGUGACACCCACCGGAACCCUGACGACCUCGGAGUGUGCGAGCUUCAUUUUCGGCUGGAGGACUUCUACGACCAGAGGAGCGCCUUUAGAAAGCUGGCGCGAGGCUCAGAAGUGAACCGUUGUCCCCUCUGCUUUCCACUGCCACCUGAAAUAAGCAAAAUGUUCCCCGGAUAAAUGCUAGCGCAUGUACGAAAGCACAGAAGCCCUUCAAAAAGGCUGGGGAUGGCAAGGCACCGGGCGUUUAUGCUCUCCGAAAGACCCCGUAGGCUGAGGAACACGCAGGCAAUGCGUAUGCCUGCGGCAAACACACACAACGUUCACAUGAGUUGUCAUUCAUCUACGACGCUCGCCUGGCGUAAGCAACUUUGUGCCAUGUACGGCGUGAUCGCACAACCACUUCCCAAAAUACAAGGGUAGAUAUCGGGCGUGUUGUCGAUACCGGU